CUUAGCCGUUGGAGAAGAAGCAAAAAAACAUAGUGACAUACAAGAUAGGAUAAGUACCAACUUUUCUGUAUGUUUCCACUUGACAGCUUAUAUUAGUUGUUAAUUGCCUCUGCAUAGUUGUUGCAAUCUUAUUUAAUCGUUGCACGUUGUUUCUCCACUUUUUCCUCCACCCUCCCCUCGUCUUGACUUUUCAUUUGAUGUUUAUUUGACUUUCAUGCAUCUAUAGUGCUUGACUGAAAAGUUGUAAAAUACUUUUAAAGCAAAUCAAUCAAAAGAGAUAGAAGGGAUAAAUUAUAGUCGAUCCUAAUUGAUGAUGGAUCAAAAAAUAAAAUUGAAACAUGGAAGUAAUAGACAGAAAUAAUAAUUGGGGAGUUUUAUUGAUCAUAGAAAUUUGCCCUGCCUCUCCUUAGAGAGGUUCAGGGAAUUACAAUCAUAUUGCCCCUCAUGGAUAGUCGAAAAAUGGAUCUCCCCUUGCCCGUAGGUUCAAGGUUCUAUUCAUGGAGUUUCACUCUCCCUUUUUCGGGUUGUCUUUGUAGUGGAGAAGAAGGCUAAGGCCGGAGCCCCUUUUCAGCUCUCUUACCUUGUAUUUAUAGUUGAAAGGAAAACCUCUAAAUUUUCUACGAUGGUCGUGGUCAUGUAGGAGAGAUGUUCUUUCGUCGUGGGGAGGCCUUGGCCUCGUUGCUUGUAUUGGAAAUGACAAUAAUGAAUUGGAGUCGAGUCGGUUGACUACUCUCACGAAUUGAUUAGGACGGGGUCGUUACCGUCAUAGUCAUAUGGUCAGAUUUUGACCAAUACAGUUAGUCCCUCUGUUCGUCGGGUCGUGCCUUGCCGACCUCGGCAGACGGAUCGUGUGUGUGACACGGUCGAGGGGAGUUAGAUUCGCCUUUUAUUCCUUAGUCGCGUUAUGACUUUUCAAAAUUUCCCGGGGGCGUCUUUCUGGUAUUCGUGUACCGUCACGACGGUUUCGAAGCUGAAGCGUCGGUUGGUAAACAAAACGUCACUUCGUGCAGACAGUCAUAAUGGCGCACGUUUCCGAUAAGUUGAACCGUUUCGCGCUCGGUCAGGUUCUAAUGGCGACUAUUGGGUUUCGUGCUUGAAGAAUUUAUGUCUUAUAAAUUGAAGAAAUCGGUCACUUGCUUUUCACAUUUCACCGCUCAUCUUCGAGAGAAUUUCCAGGAUAUCUUCCUUUCUGCUAAUUUGAGUCCUUUCUUUACUCCCUUGCUUGCGAUAAUUUUCAAUUUUUGUACCUCUUCCGCAAAGUUCUUUCUUCUCCUUUUUUGUGGGUCUAAGAUGGCAGGAACUUUUUCCCGUGAUAAUCUUUCGGCUACCCCUCCGGCAGUUAAGAACCCUGCUCCAGCAAUCGGAGACACAAAACCGAUAGAGAGCGAAGAUGUUCCUUCAGAAGAGGAGAUAUUAUCCCGCCCGGGGAGAGCAGUGAUAGAUUGCGGUGUCGAUAGCAGCGAGGAGCAGAUGGAUAUUCCUCCCCCCAUAGGGGAUGUCGGGAUAGCGGAUUUACGGGAACGGUGGGUCAUUCCCAAUUACGUUGAGAUGGUACCGGCAGGUAGAGAUGACAGGGUCCAAAUCGACCGCCUCGGGUUCUGCAUGUUCUAUGCUUACCCCUUCCUCGUGGGAUACACGCUCCCACUUCCCAUGUUGGUGGUUGACUUCUGCCGUUAUUACAAGGUGUGUCCUGCCUAACUCUCUCCUUAUCUGUACAAGUUGUUCCUCAUGUUUAUCAAGUACGUGGAGUUAGCCGGUCGCGAGGUCACUCUGAGGCACGUGCUCAGCCUAUCGCUCCCCAGAAAAUUCGCGGCACAAUGAUCCAUGCGCGCCCUCGAGGGUCAAAAGGCUUAGUGGUAAAGAUGGAUGAUAGGACCAAUCGUCGCUUCUUUGAAAACUUCUUCUAUGUGCGGACCGAGCACCUGGUGGCGGAUCCAACCAGAUUUCCCGAAGUGUGGAAUUUUGCCCCCGAGAAGCUACCCCCGCCUCCUUUGGAGGGGAUUAGAGAAUGGGUCGAGGUUGUCCUUCCUCAUACCGCAAGGGUUCGCACGUGGGCAACAUUUUAUGAGAGAUAUGGGCGUAGGGCCCUUACGGGGAGAGUUCGCAGAGUCAGGGCUCCUCAGCUAGCCUUCCGUCGGCCAGCUGCAUCGGCUUGCCUCAGCGCGGUACCUGCUGCUCGUUUCUCAUCGAGGGCCGCCUCGGUCGAGUCCACGGCCUUAGCUACUCCGACUCGGGCGGCCUCCCAGGACGAGGUUCCCUCUGGUGUUGUACGUCCUCAGGAUGACUCACCGUCAACCGGGGAGGAAGAAGGACCAUCGAAGAGACGGAGAGUGGGGUUCGAGGUGGCGCCCCCGACUGUGAUCAAUUUGGAUUCUCCUCCGACGGGCCCAGAGGAAAAUAUUGUUGCACUGUCUUCCACAAGGGUGGAGCGGGUAGUUGAUGUUGAUGCUGGCGUUUAGAGCCAGGAAAAUGUAGUCGUUAUGGCGGUUCAAUCUGACGUUCCUGUUGCGGAUAAUACGGGACGUCCUGCUGGAGUUGAUAACCCAUCCCUUAGCACUGUCGUGGUGACCUCAAGCGCGCCUUUUUCAUCUGUGGUGGGUCGUGUUCCCCCCUCGGCGGCUGAGAGAGGGAAGAGUGUAGUGGUUGAUGAAUACGAGUCUGAAUCCGACGUGGACCCUGAUGAUGUUUGGAUGUUUGAGGAGGACAUUACCCACUCAAUGGUACGUGCGGGAGGGGCGGCCCGUAUGAUCGAGAUUCCCUUCGAUUUGAACCUUUUGGUGCAGGGGGACAACUUGGUGCCGCAACUCAGCCUGCUGUGUUCGGAGGCCGUGAAUGGGUCUCUGCGGAACAUCCCAAACGCCGAAGUGAGGGAUGAAGUGGCUGUGAUGGGUUUGCGGACGUACCUGUUGGAGAUGGAGAACAUCCGUAGGGCCAAUAUCAGGUCGAGGAUCUUUUUGCAGAUGUUGGGGAAGUACCGUCGCUACCGCAAUAGGUGCCGCGAGUUGCACGAGAGGUUGAGGACGGACCCUCGCAAUCGAGCUCUAGGCGAGGAACUGGAGAGGAGGGAUCGCGAGCUAAUGCAGACGAUCCGCACUAAGAGCGAGCUUGAAGAUCAACUUCGCCUUAAGGACGAGGAGCUCGAGCUGGGAAAGGGGGUUGCCGCCGAAUGCGAGCACUUGCAGGGCCAGCUGAGGGAGACACAGUUGGAGGUGGAUCGGCGUCGGGGCCAGUUCGAGGAGGCGAGCGCCGAAUGGAGGAGGAAGCUUUCUGCGAUGGCGGGCAGGGUCGCCGACUUGGAGCGUAUUGAGAGAGCUUGGUCUGAGGCCUUAUCGAGGGCAGCGACUCUGGAAGAGACUAUCCGUGUACUCCAGUCCCAGUUUGAUCGACAAAGUGACGAAAUGUCGAAGAUCGGCUCAAAAAGAAGUGAAACCUGCUCAAGUAUCAAAGAUAAAAAAGGAGUGAAACCGGCGAAUACGAGAUAAUUUCAUGAGUUUUAUUAAAUUUACUUAAAGCUAAAAGUUGGUUUUGGAAUUCUUAUGUUGUCAACCUACAAAAUAUCUACUUUAUUGCUCCAAGGGUACCUACAAGGGUGGUGUCAUGCGUCAGUAGAUGUUUAUUGCUCCAGUCAAGAAACGGGCU